ACGGGAAGGAAACCAAUGCCUCUCCGUAGAUCCUUCGCCGAUCCCCUUCCAUACUACCGCCGUUCACACAAGAGAACCCAAUUUCCAGCUGCCAGCACAGUCACCAUUACCACCCUCUCUCAGCCUACCAUCACCGACGUACAAGCUCUCCUCUCCACCUCCCUUUUCCCUUCUCGGAGAUCUGCCGCAUAAACCACCGGGCUCCCUCUCUGGCGCUUGCGCCGGCGAUCCCUUCUUAGUAAAGAACAUCUAAGAGCCCCAGCCACCUGAAAGCGGAGGUGAAAGCACGGAGAUAAGAACAGCCAUCGGAUAUUGGAAAAGGAGAUUUAUCGGGUUCGCAAGUGUUGCACGGUUAGGAGGUGCUGAUAAAAAAAAAAAAAAAAGGGAAAGAGAAGCAGGGCUGAGAAUUGGUGCUUCCAGUUUCAAGAAUUCCGGGCAGCGAAGGAGAUUUGAGCGAAGAGAGGGAUGUAGUAUUUGCCACUGUAUCUGCACUCAGGAUGGGCUGUGGAUCAGGCCAUCCUGGCGGUGGAAGAGCGGCUGGUGGUCAUCUGAUUCGGUCAUGACUGGGACGAAACCUGCAUGCAGUGCUUAUGGUCUUUCACAACAAUGGAUGGUGCAGUGGUUGCCUCGAUGACAAGAGGAGGACUCUUGGGCAAAUAAUAGAAUCUAUGGACUAUGGAGAUGAAUAUCGUUAUUAAAGCCGACACUCUCAUGAUUGUUGCAAGUGGGAAGAAGUUGAAUGUAGCCUCACAAGCCCUCAUGUUGUCAAGAUUUUCUUUGAAAACAUUGGGGAAGAUAAAGAGUUAUUGGUUCCAGAUAUGAGUUUGUUUGUUCAACUCAAAGAAUUGCAAGAGUUACAUCUUCAACGCAAUAACAUUGGUGGAUUGAUUAACCCUGAUGAUGAGGUUCUUAUUUAUUCUUUAUUGCACUCUAAUUUUUGUUGUCCCUAUGUGUAGCCAUUGCUUUUAUCAUGAGUCUGGAUUCAUGAUGCAGCAUUAUGCAAACUUGAUUAAUUGCAACAUCUGGAUCUUUCAUCCAACUCAAUUGAAGAUGAUUUUGAGCAGCUUUGUUGGGGGAACAUGCCAUCGAGAACAUUAAUACUUUUUGCGGCUAAAUUGCUGCCACAUUUGCUGUCAAAUUGCAGCUUCAUUUGCUGACAAUUUGCAGCCUCCCUGCUGCCAUUUCAUCAUUUCUGCAGGUUUGAGUGCCACAUUUCUAACAAU